AUGAGUAUUGAUCCCUACUAAUGGCCCUUUCCUAAACGCACUGAUCUCAUGAAUUUGCAAACAAUCAAAAAUUCAAAGCAAAUCCUCACUCCCAGAGAAACAUCCUAUAAUCAUGACAUUGAAGGAUCAGUUGCCAAAAAAUGCAAUUAUUAUCAUAAAGAAGAUUUUAUCAACAAAAACGAAGACAUAGAAGGCGCAAGAUCCAAGUCGAAUAUACGUCCAUCCCACAGACCUGAUCUACAGUUAGCUUUAGAUGACAUCAAAGGCACAAGACCAAAUAUUGUUAAAUUCCAAACUUCGCGUCAACCUCUAAAUCCUCUCGAACCUUAAUAUAAACUCCCCACUUUCAUGGCCUCUCAACCAGAUCCACCCAAGUUUAUCAGAGAUGCUCAUAACAUUUAUGACAUCCAAGGAGCUCAACCCAAAUAAACUCAUAAAAAACUCAUAAUCAAAGAAUCAGAACACGAAGACAUCUAUGGAUCUCAUCAAAUCCCGAGAUUUCAGCCUAAAAAUAAAAUCGACUCUCUCUAUGUAAAAGAUAUAAACGAUUAUUUAUUGCAUAAAACUACCAGAAUUUCCAAUCCACUUGAACCUACAUACGAACAUUACGAUGAAAAAGGAAAUAAAAUUAUUAUAGGAAAUAUUGAGGGCAGCCAAAGUAAACCACUCUAUCUGAAGGAUCAAAGACAAAGUCUCCUGAUUUAAGAUAUUGAUGGCACUCAACCUGGAUCUUUGUCAUCUCGAUUCUUAAGGACUGGAGAUAGGAAAGAUUAUCGUGAAACCAAUAGUCUUGCUGAUUUGUUAGCUGCAAAAUCAGGCUCAUUGAAAAAAGGAUUGCCUAAUGUUCGAUACACAAAUCCCUUGAAUCCUUAGUAUUAAAUCCCUGGAUAGAAAGAAAUAUAUGGAUCUGUUUUCACUUAAACCGCCUAAACUCAUUUUACUAAAGCUGAACAAUUAGAUUAAUUCAUAAAGAAAAAGUGA